AUGGCUAGUCUCGCCCGUGAUACCACUGCUUUCAAGUCUGCGCUGCAUAGACAAGACUACACGUCAUGGCACUCGAACCCAGCGCCUGCGGGGGUGGUAGAGGGGGCGGCCUCGUCGUCGAAGGGGAAGGAGAAGGAGAAGGAGAAGGAGGCGGUGGUGGGUGGCAAGGCGAAGAAGAAGAAGCCCAAGCACAAUAUUGUAUACUCUCAGCCUGCAGAUACGGGGACAGGCAGCAAUGUAAAUACCCAGCUGCUUUAUGCUGUUAAUCAUCUAAAAUCUAAUCCUGGGCCUAUGCGCUUACAAGACCUUGCCAUCAUUACCGCCACUCCUCUUGACACCGACCGCGUUCUCCUAGAGAAGUUCCGGAAUCACGACAGAAUCGAGUACAAUCCCAAAAAUGAAACAUACUCGUAUAGACAUGACUACACAUUCAACAACAAAGCCGCCCUUCUGACAGAAAUACAGAAGCACACCCGGCAUGGAGGCGGGCUAUCAAUACGUACGCUGAAGGAAUCGUGGAAAGAAGCUGCACAAGCGGUGGAAGAGCUCGAGCAGGAGGGCGAGGUGUAUGUUACGCGGACGCAAAAGGACGGCCAGCCGCGGAUGGUGUUUUGGAACGAGAUAAAGUCUACCCAAGAGGGGGAGGGCAGGCCUGUCGAGAAAGAAUUCCAGGAUCUCUGGCACUCUCUGACGGUACCAGAAGAGCCCGAUCUUAUCAGGCAACUUGCAUCUGAGGGACUCCAGGCAACUGCUGCCGAGUCUGUUGCGCCCAAAGGCCCCGUGACGAAGAAGAAGGGGAAGAAGAGCGCGCCGAGGCAGAGGCAGGCGCGGAUUACGAAUGUGCAUUUGAAGGGCCAGAUCGAUCUCAGUCGAGACUAUGUGCCUCCUGCGAAGUAGUCCGGCGGCCACGGAUUGCUGGAUGUUGGACCCUGUGGAAGGGGGUCUUGGUCAGGUACGAUAUGUUGUUGUUAAGUACGUACCGUAAAUGACUCGCUCUAAAUGUAUACACCGAGAGACGGUACCCAGUUAUGAGUCAUGUUUGAGCAUACCAGAUGUAUACUCGUACAGUCACUAUCUACAGUCAUUAUCCAAUCCAGAAC